AUGGCAACCCAAAGCGUCGCAGCUGCCAGCCAUGGCGACUUCAACCGCAACAGCCUGUUCAACCUGAAGGGUCGCGUCGCCCUCGUCACUGGAGGUGGCAGCGGUAUCGGUCUAAUGAUCACGCAGGCCCUGGCAGUCAACGGCGCAAAGGUCUACAUCACAGGUCGUAGUGGAGAGAAGCUCAACAAGGUCAAGGAGACGUACGGCAAGGGCAUCGAGGGCGACAUCAUACCACUGAGUGGUUUCGACGUCACGAGCAAGGACCACAUCACCAAGCUGGUGAAGGAGGUUGAGUCCCGCGAGAAGUGCCUGUGUAUCCUGGUCAACAACGCCGGCAUCAGCAGCAAUACCGUCACCACGGAGACCGAUGACACGACGCAGCUGAAGAAGAACCUGUUUGACGCCGAAGGCGUCGACUUCCAGGACUGGACCGGUGUCUAUAGCACGAAUGUCGCUGCCGUCUACUUCACAUCUGCUGCCUUCCUUCCCCUUUUGGAAAAGUCCUCAGACCUCCACGAGGGCUGGUCAGGCACCAUCCUGAAUAUCACUUCCAUCUCGGGCAUGAUCCAAAAAGCGCAGCAUCACUUCUCCUACAAUGCCUCCAAGGGCGCCGCCAUCCACCUCACGCGCAUGCUCGCCUCCGAGGUAACUUCCAACGGCCACAAGGUCCGCAUCAACAGCCUCGCCCCGGGCGUGUUCCCCUCCGAGAUGACGGCCGGCGAGUCCGACGAGUACCAGAAGAGCCACAUCCCCAAGGAGAAGUACGACGGCAAGUUCCCCGCCAACCGGCCUGGUCGCGACGUCGACAUGGCGCAGGCGGUGCUGUUCGCCGUGACGAACCAGUACCUGAACGGCCAGAACUUUGCUGUCGAUGGUGGUUACACGAUUGCCGCGGGACUGUGA